AUGAGAGCUGAUACUGCCGCCGCAACCGAUGACAUCAUCGUUUGCCACGACGUGCACAAGUGGUUCGGCAACUUCCAUGCCCUGCGAGGCAUCACCACCACCGUCAAGAGGGGUGAAGUUGUGGUCAUCAUCGGGCCGUCCGGUUCCGGCAAGUCCACCUUCAUUCGCACUCUGAACCGGCUGGAACAGCAUCAGCGCGGGGAGAUAUUCGUUGACGGGAUUGAACUAUCCAAUGACCCUGUUCCGCAUCUGACCGUGAUGCGCAACAUUACGCUGGCUCCCACCAAGGUACGCAAGCUGCCGGCUCGGGAGGCGGAGGCCAUUGCGAUGGAACUGCUGGAGCGCGUGGGCAUCCCGGAGCAGGCCGACAAAUAUCCGGCGCAGCUUUCGGGCGGUCAACAGCAGCGGGUGGCCAUCGCCCGGGCCCUGGCCAUGCAACCCAACAUCAUGCUCUUCGACGAACCCACCUCCGCACUGGACCCGGAGAUGAUCAAAGAAGUGCUGGAGGUGAUGCACGAGUUGGCGGCCUCCCAGAUGACCAUACUGGCGGUUACCCACGAACUAGGAUUCGCCCGCGAGGUGGCCGAUCGUAUCGUAAUGUUCGACGAAGGGCUGAUCGUUGAGGACCAACCGCCGGAUGAAUUCUUCAACAAUCCCCGGCAUGAACGGGUCAAGCACUUCCUGUCGCAAAUCCUCUAG